AUGGAUAAGGAGCUCAUGCGCGAGGUUAUCAAGCAGAGACCGUUCGCAGCCAAAUACGGUGAGACUGGUACAGUGUGGGUACAGGUUGCAACGUGUGUGAGUGCUUCCAUCAAGGUCGUAGAGAUAGACAAGCAGGUUCAAGAUCGAGUUCGACUCCUGAAGAAAAAUUGGCGUGCUGGAGAACUGCGAGCCACAUUAGGCAGUGGUAUUGAAGAAGCCAAGGACGCAACGGACGUACAAACUCAUUACAAUACGUUGGCUGGGCUAGUCGGGCAAUUUGUUGCAUUGGAAACCGAAGCUAUUACACGUCGAGCUCUGCGUGGUGAAUAUCUGCUAUCUAGCGACUCGUCCUCGGAGAGUGAAGACGACACUUCUUCUGUGGCAUCAACACAGUCUGUCGCUUCGCAAGCAAACGCCACCAGGACAGUCACCUACCUCUACACGUCGUAA